AUGAGUCUGAACUGCUGGCGGAGAUUGCUGCUGCCCUGUCUCAUGGAUCUGAACUGCUGGCGGAGAUUGCUGCUGCCCUGCACCAUGGGUCUGAGCUGCUGGCGGAGAUUGCUGCUGCACGGCCUCAUGGGCUGGGGUCGAGUUUACGGACAACAUGGCGGUUGGGACAGCGGCUGGCGCACACCCACUGCCGCAAACAGUUUCUUCUGGCACCGCUGGAACUGCCCCACCGACGACUUCCUCAGAAGCAGCGGCCAGAUACCCGGGUGCACAUGCCAGGCCAAGACCAGCCGUGGAGGCGCUGACUGGCACUGGGGCGGCUGCAGCGACAACAUCGACUUCGGCGUGCGCAUGUCGCAGCAGUUUCUGGACCACGUGCCGCUGGACAUACCGCUGAGGCAGGCUGUCGUCAGACUGCACAACAACCAGGCCGGCAGACAGCUGGUGCGCCGCUCGGCCCGGAGGCUGUGCAAAUGUCACGGGGUCAGCGGCUCGUGCACCAUGGAGACCUGCUGGACGCAGAUCGCCGACUUCACGCUGACGGCCGAGCGCAUCCGACGUCGCUACCGCAAAGCCAAACGGCUGGCGACGGGCGCCGACGGCAACGUGGUCUCGCCGGAGAGCGCGGUCAGCCUGGAGGGUGUCUCGCCGCUGGAUCUCGUGUACCUGGACGACUCGCCGGACUUUUGUCGCGCAGACGCUGCUGCAGGUAUUGCCGGCACCGCCGGCCGCCAGUGCUCCCGCAGCCGGGGGCCCGGUGUGCGUCGCGUUGAGUCGCGCAGCUGUAAAACGCUCUGCCGCCAGUGCGGCCGCCGUGUGCGUCGCCAGGCGACCCAAGUGGAGACCUCGUGCAACUGCCGGUUUCACUGGUGCUGCCAUGUGACGUGCGACACGUGCGUGGAGCGGACGUACAAGUACUCGUGCCGCUAG